GCGCAUGGCCGAACUGCCGCUGCCUCGCAUCCCCCCCCGCGCAUGGGCCAGUGACGACGGGGAGCUCGGCCCCGCCUACAAGUGGAGGCCGACGAAGUACUGGCCCACCAUCUUCGUGGCCAUCCUGAGUCGCCGCUCCGCCGGGCCGCGGCGGGCGCUGAUCAGGAAGGCCUGGGAGCGGGCGGACUUGAACCAGGGCAAGCUCCUCACGCGCUUCGCCCUGUGCGAGCGCGAGGACGACGGGCUGGGCGCGGGGCUGCAGGCAGAGAACGAGACGUACGGUGACCUGAUGAUCAUGAACUGCAGCGAGGGCUACGGCCAGGGCCGGCUGACCAAGAAGACACUGGCCGCCAUGCAGACCUACAGCGAGUCGCCGGUGUACUCCCAGCAGCAGCUCUUUAUGAAGAUCGACGACGACACCUUCGCCGCCUGGACCCGGCUGUGGCCGCUGGUGGCGAAGGCCUGGGAGAACAGCACCGACCGCAUCUACAUGGGCACCCUGAAGGGCCCCACCAAGCCCUCCCGGGACCCAUUCAACGCGUUCUACGAGCCCCGCGACGUAUACUCGGGGGAGCUCUACCCCAAGAGCGCGGAUGGCGGUCCUGGCUACAUCCUCGGCGGCUCCCUCGUCAGGCAGAUCAUAAGCGAGCGCAUCGGGGAGCACUGGCUGCUCUACAACGAGGACAAGGCCGUCGCCGUGUGGGUGGACGGCCUCGUUCAGCGCGGCGAGGCCGUCAACUACGUCAACAUCGAGGGCCAGACAGGCUACGCGAGGACCUCCGAGGAGUGGGAGGGCCAGCUGCGGUGGUUCCACAAGGGGCGCUGGAUGUCGUACCCGCUGCUGCUGCACCACCGCCUCAGCGGCGCGGCCAUCGAGUGCCUCAGCGAGGUGGAGGCCCUCAAGGACCCAGACGCCCCCAUCGACAAGUGCUUCACCAGCGACGACAACACGUGGAUCCCCAUGCAGUUCAUGAAACAGGCCGACGACAUGGGCUUCGAGAUGUGGCUCAAGAUCCACCAGGCAGCCCGCGCGAACGCCACGAAGCCCAUCCGCCUCGACGCGGGCGCCCCGGCCGCCUGA